AUGAAUGUUCCUGCAUUAUCUGGGAGAUUAGCUCGGUGGCAAGUUUUGUUGUCAGAGUUCGACAUCCAAUAUGUCAGUCAAAAAGAAGUAAAAGGAAGUGCAAUAGCUGAAUUUAUUGCGAGUAGAACUUCUCAAGAAUAUGAACCAAUAGAUUUUGAUUUUCCUGAUGAAGAUUUGAUGUCAAUUUUAAUAAGAGAAGCAAGUGUGUCCAAUGAUGAAUAUUGGAAGUUGACUUUUGACGGUGUUUCAAAUGCUUUGGGACAUGGAAUUGGGGCAAUAUUGGUUUCGUCAGAUGGAGAUCAUUAUCCGUUUACUACCCGACUCAAUUUUGACUGUACAAACAAUACAACUGAGUAUGUGGCAUGUAUUUUUGGUCUUAGAGCUGCUAUUGAACGUAAAAUAAAUAUGCUCAAGGUUUAUGGGGAUUCAGCUCUAGUAAUUUACCAAAUCAAAGGAGAAUGGGAAAUAAAAGAUUUCAAGCUUGUAAAAUAUAAGAAACUGGUUUUGAAACUCAUCAAAGAAUUUGAAGAAGUGACUUUUGAUUAUAUCCCCAUAGAAGAAAAUCAAAUAGCAGAUGCCUUGGCAACUUUCGCAGUCGCAUUUAAAUAUCAAAGUUAUCCUGAACAAGCAACUGAAAAUGAUAAGAGAACUAUUCGAAGAAUGUCAUCCGGGUAUGUACUCGAUGGGGAAGUCUUGUACAAAAAGGCUUUGGAUCAAGUCCUGUUGAGAUGUGUGGAUACCAAAGAAGCUAAAUCAAUUCUUGAAGAAGUUCAUGAAGGAAUAUGUGGUACUCAUGCUAAUGUGCAUAUAUUGGUUAGACAAAUUAUAAGAUUUGGAUACUACUAG